AUGGCUAUAGCGAUGAAGGGCAAGUUUGAUAAGUAUUGGGAGUCCUACAGUACAAUUUUGUCCAUAGCUGUGGUCUUUGACCCACGGUAUAUGUUGGAUUCUGUGAAAUUUUGUUAUGAGAAGCUAUAUGGGCAAGUUGUUGCUAAAACAAAAUGUCUUGAGCUUCGAGGAAAGAUAUGUGAUCUAUUGAAGGAGUACAAUGAUUCUACCGAUCAAUCAUCAUCACUUGAUGAGUCUAUUGCUGAAGAUAUAGGCUAUGAAGAUGAUAUGGAUGAGUUCGAAUCGUUUGGGGAAAGUCAAUUCUUGAGUGAUAGGACACAAUUAGAUGAAUAUCUGGAUUGUAAAAGGCUCAAUCGCAAACAACCGUUGGAUGUUCUUUUAUGGUGGAAGACGAAUGAAUCUCGAUUCCCAGAGCUUGCUUGUGUGGCUAGAGAUGUUUUGAGCAUUCCUAUCACUACUGUAGCUUCAGAGUCGGCCUUCAGUAUGGGAGGUAGAGUUCUAAGCAACUUGCGAAGCUCUCUUUUGCCUGAAAAUGCCGAAGCUUUGAUUACCACACGCAAUUGGCUAUAUGGAUUUCCAAGUGAUGAUCGUGAUAAUGGGCUCGAGGUGGAAAUUUCAAAGGCGGUCGGAACAUCCUCAAUGACUUCUAGCUCUACUCCUGUGUGA